AUGGCUGUUUUAGAGGGCAUGAUCUGCGGAGAUGAUUAUGCUCCUAUGGUGGAUGAGUCAGCAGCUAACACCUCAAAUGUGGACCCAGCAUUAGGUGAUAGUUUUGACAUUAUCAUGGUAGAUCCAAAAAGGAAACGAAUGGCGCUUGCGCCCACCAUGUUGCAUGAUAAUACUCCAGCUGUUUUGGGCAGUACUUCAGUUUCAAAAAAUGGGCCAUUGGCGGGUUCUGCGAAUAAAGUUGCAGAAAUAAAGACUUUAUUAAAUUAUGAUGGUUUUGUUAAUGUUGACUGUGUUGGCCAUAGCGGCGGUUUGGCAUUAUUAUGGAAAGGUGUUUCGUCAGUUAAUAUUAUUAGUUCUUGUUCUAGAUAUAUAGAUGUUGAAGUGGAUUUGCCCCAUUUUGGUAUUUCGCGACUUACAGGCUUUUAUGGUGAACCAAAUAGAAACAGAAGAAACAAUUCUUGGCAGCUACUUCGUGUUUUAGCUUCUCACAGUGAUUUGCCUUGGCUGUGUUUAGGCGACUUCAAUGAUAUCCUUGGUUCGUCUGAAAAGAGAGGGGGAAGACCUCAUCCUACUCAUCUUAUUCGGGGAUUUCAAGCUGCUAUCUCAGAUGCACAUCUGUAUGAUUUUCCUAUGUCUGGUUAUGCCUUCACUUGGGAACAUGGUCGCACUAGUGGCAAUUUAAUUGAGGAAAAACUUGAUCGUAUUUUGACUACUGACUCUUGGCGUCGAAAAUUCUCUCACGCCCGAGCUAUGGUUCUUGACAAAUCUUCAUCCGACCAUCUCCCGAUCUACCUUGAACUACGUCACUUUAUGCCUCGGGCUCAGGCUAGACGAUUCCGUUUUGAGAACAGCUGGAGGAGGGAGGCGGCUUACGGUCGAACUUUGGCUCUGGGUGAUAGGCUUUCUUUCGGCUGCAGAGCACUCCUUGAGAUUGGGGGGAAGAACUUCCGCCGAUUUCAGAAAGCCGUGAAUUUGCGACUUGCAUGCUAUCAUCAGUUGCUCUACAAGAGGCUUUUUCUUCGUACCGCAGGAGAAUACAUGUCCCGGUUUUUUGGAGGCCAAAGAACGCCUGUUCUCACUGAAGCACAAAAUGAGUUCUUGUUAGCUCCUUACUCAAUUGAGGAUGUUCGGGUAGCUGUUUUUGACAUGAAGGCCGACAAAGCCCCGGGUCUUGACGGUUUCAAUCCCGGCUUCUACCAAGGCUACUGGGAUGUUAUCGGUAAUGAUAUAGCUCAGAAUUGUAUCGAGAUAAUCCACAGUGGGUCUAUCCCUGCUCAUCUGAAUGAGACUGGUUUGGUUUUGAUUCCUAAGACAUCAUCCCCCGAGUCUAUGUCCGAUUUGAGACCGAUUGCCCUUUGCAAUGUUCUGUUAAAAAUCAUUACCAAGAUGCUUGCACUUCGCACUAUCCUUCCGCUCCUGAUUUCAGAAAGCCAGUGUGCCUUUGUUGCGGGCAGAAAUAUUCAGGAUAAUUGUAUUGUUGCUUUUGAAGCUUUACAUGCAUUCCAUAGGAAGACUAGGGGUUCUGAUUUUUCUGCAGCCGUCAAAAUGGAUAUCAGCAAAGCAUACGACAGAAUGGAGUGGUCCUUUCUACGGCUGAUGCUAGCUAAUUUGGGUUUUAAUGCUCUAUGGAUUAAUCUUAUCAUGUCUAGUCUAACUUCGGUAAAGUAUUGGAUUUUGCAGAAUAAUAGAGAGCUUGGGCCCAUUCUUCCCACUAGGGGUUUGCGAUAG